AUGACUAUACCUGCUGAAUCUCCAAUUAUAGAUUUAUUUAAAACUGCUGGUCAAGAACAUCUUUUUGAAUUUUAUGAUUCUUUAACUAUUGAACAACAACAAGAAUUCUUAAAACAAUUGUCAAAAAUUGAAAAUCCUUCUAAAUUAAUUUCAACUGUUCAAAAAGCUAUCAAAUUUUCUUCAACAAAUUCUGCAUCAAGAUCAUUAACUCAAUUACCUCCAGCUCAAACUGCUUCUACUUUAGAUUUAGAUACUGAAACUAAAACAAAAUGGUCAAAUUUAGGUUUUGAAGCUAUUGCCAAGGGGGAAGUUGCUGUAUUAUUAAUGGCUGGUGGUCAAGGUACUAGAUUAGGUUCAACUGAUCCAAAGGGGUGUUUUAAUAUUGAAUUACCUUCAUCAAAAUCAUUAUUUCAAAUUCAAGGUGAAAAGAUUUUAAAAAUUCAAAAUUUAACUAAAGAAAAGUUUGGUUUAUCGGAAGUUCCAAUUAUAAAUUGGUAUAUUAUGACAAGUGGACCAACUAGACCAUCAACUGAAAAAUUUUUCAAACAAAAUAAUUACUUUGGAUUGAAAUCUACACAAGUUGUUUUCUUUGAUCAAGGUAAAAUUCCAUGUUUUAAUUUAGAUGGAUCUAAGAUUUUAUUAGAAGAUAAAGAUAAAUAUUGUGAAUCACCAGAUGGAAAUGGUGGAUUAUAUAAAGCAUUACAAGUUAAUGGAAUAAUAGAUGAUUUCGUUAAUAAAGGCAUCAAACAUAUUCAUAUGUAUUGUGUUGAUAAUUCAUUAGUUAAAGUUGCCGAUCCAUUAUUCCUUGGAUUUGCAAUUGAUAAUCAAUUUGAAUUAGCUACAAAAGUAGUUAGAAAAAGAGAUGCUAAUGAAAGUGUUGGAUUAAUUGUUUUGGAUGAUGAUAUCAAAAAACCUUGUGUUAUUGAAUAUAGUGAAAUCUCACCAGAAUUAGCCAAUAAAACCGAACCAAAUGAUCCAAAUAAAUUAUUCUUAAGAGCUGCUAAUAUCGUUAAUCAUUAUUAUUCAGUUGAUUUAUUAACUAAGAUGAUACCUAAAUGGACAUCAUCACAAGAAUUCUUACCAUUCCAUAUUGCCAAAAAGAAGAUCCCAAGUAUUAAUCCAGAAACUAAACAAUUCUAUAAACCUACUGAACCAAAUGGUAUCAAAUUAGAACAAUUUAUCUUUGAUGUAUUCCCAUCGGUUGAAUUGGAAAAAUUUGGAUGUAUGGAAGUUGAAAGAUCGGAAGAAUUUUCUCCAUUGAAGAAUGCUGAUGGAGCUAAGAAUGAUACUCCAACUACUUGUAGACAACAUUAUCUUGAACGUGGUACUAGAUGGGUGAAGGAACACGGAGGAAUUGUUGCUAAUGGUGAUGUGGUUGAAGUUAGUUCUUUGACUUCUUAUGGUGGUGAAGGGUUGGAAUUUGUUAAGGGGAAACAAUUUAAGAAUGGUGAUGUUAUUUAA